UCGCAUUUGUUGUCGUCUCCUCCAUCAGUAAAGAGCAAGAUGUCUGCCCUGGACGUGGAGGACUUUAUCCAGCAGAACAGAGCGAUAGCAGAUCAGGUGGAAACACACCGAGGUUACUGGGAGAGUGAGAAACACUGGGAGGCCAGGAGGGAGUUUAUCCUGAGGAACAUCAGCGACUAUGAGGCUGAGCAGCUCGACCCGCUCCUGUCUUUGUCCAUGGUCUGGGCCAACAACGUCUUCCUCGGCUGCAGGUACGAAAACACAACAACAUGACCGCCACAUUCGAGCACACAUUUUUAUUUAGCCUUUAUUUAAGCAGGUUAGUCCCAUUGAGACCUGGUUUUGUUUAAAAAAGACAAAAAGUACUAUGUUUAUGAUGGUCAAACUUGGCAAAUGCAGGAUAAUACCUUACAUGAAUCGCAAGAGCUUUUUGUCCCACGAAGGCCACCGUCAUUUCACCAACAGAAACGAGCUGACUGCUUUAUUUAACUAAAAACUUACAUUUAACACCAUUUCAUUCUCAAAAUAUCACCUCCUUUCGCUAGUAUCCGUGGUACUUUUUCUGUGGAGUGUUUAAAAUUCGUCCAGCCGGAUACUUUGGUGGUGAAUACACCGAAACUGUCUUAACGUCGCUUUUUGUGACAAACCUCGCCGAUAACUCAUGUACUAAUUGGUUUAAACUAUUAUUAAGUUUAUUGGUAACAUCUUGUUGCUUAUUUUGAAGUAAAACUCGUAGAUAUCAUCAUCAAUGUUGCAUGAUUUCAUUGAUAAAACUCACCUGAACUUCUGCGGACAUUCUUCUUCUUCGUCCCUGUUUUUACCUGUUAAUGCGCUCACUGCCGCCCCCUGUGUCCGGAAUACGAACAUCAACAAUCCAGCUUUAUCUGCUCAUGAUGAAGAGGUUUGAGGUUUUCGCAGUUUUGUCCCUAUACGAAUUACUAAAAUCUGACUUGUCAGGACAUAAUUUAUCACAGCUCUUUACAGUUCAGUAAAUCAGCCCUCUGCAUUGGAAUAACAUUUUGAAUGAGCUUUUAAGGAGAUAAAAACAAAGCUGUAUUUUAUUGUAGAAUAAAUCAAUCUCAAUAAUAUCCUCUAUUACAUUUAAAAAAAAAGAGUAGACACGCAUAGGUAUAAUGAAUGUUUGAUUCUUUCAUUUAGCUUCAGUUUGUUAGAUAGAUAGAUAGAUAGAUAGAUAGAUAGAUAGAUAGAUAGAUAGACAUCUUGGCCUCCCUCUACAGAUUACCCGUGCAUUUUAGAGUUCAUUUCAACAUUGUUUUAUUCGUUUUGAAAUCUUUAAAUGCUCAGGCUCCAUCUUACCUCUCAGCUUCUCCACCCCUACACCCCUGCUCGGUGCCUCGGGUCAGCUGAUCAGCUGCUCCUGGAGGUACCGAGGUCCAAACUGAAGCUCAGAGGGGAUAGAUCUUUUUCUGUUGCAGCCCCAAAAUUAUGGAACGAGCUACCCCUCCAAAUCAGACAAGCCCCCACACUGUCCAUUUUUAAAACUCGUCUUAAAACCCAUUUUUAUUCAUUGGCUUUCAACCCUACAUGAGACUGUUUUAGUGUUUUGUUUUGUUUUUAGUUAUUUGUUUCUGUUGUUUUUAUAUUAGCUUUUAAAACAUUGCAACUAUAUUUUACUUUUUAUAUCUGCUUUUAUCUUAUCCAUCGUUUUAAUUGUUUUUUGAUUGUUUUUUAUGUCUGCGUUGUUUUGUCUAUUUAUGUACAGCACUUUGUUCAGCUGUGGUUGAUUUAAAGUGCUUUAUAAAUAAAGUUGAGUUGAGGUAGGUAGAUAGGUAGGUAGAUAAAUACUUAAUUAAUCCCAGUUGGGAAAUUCAGGGGUCGCGCCACUCACAGACUCAUACACAGUACACUAACAAGGACAAUGACGAUAACAACAAGUGCACUUCUGCAGAUCAGCCAAGUAGAUUAAAACCAGUUAAAACCAGUAUAAAAAGUGCAAUAAAUGCAGUAGUGCUAGCAGUUCAAUAUGUGUAUAGUACUUAGAUGCACAGGUCCUUGACUCAGGUAUUGUUCUUUAGAUUAGAUCAGUGAUUUUUUUAAAACUCUCAUACUGUCUUCAAUAUUGGCAGGUACAGCACAGAGCUCCUGGAGAAAGUAAAGGAGAUGGCUGAAGGCAUUGUGGUGGUGGAUGCGCCGGUCUUCAAGACAAGAGACGAGAUUAUGAAGAAACAACAGGUACACAAACACACACACACACAAACAAACACAAACAUGCAUACUGUAUGAAUUGACAGAGAACAUUUCCAAUGUUGUCCUCUCCCUUCCUUCACAGGGUCGAUGACAGACUAAAUCACACCUUCUGCUUGUGUUGGAUGAAGACUGGAGAUUGAUGGAAAUCAGCUGUUGUUUACAUACAUGCUGUGACAUAUUUUGGAUCAUCGAACAAUCCUGCAUUUUUAUAACAGACCUGAGGGAGUGUGAACACCAGAUAUAUUCAUUUUUAAAUUCACAGCAGAAGGACUCAGUUCCUCAGAUUUUCAGCGUUUGAUGUUUGUCGCAGCGAAGGAGCUUCAGUGCUCAUCGGUUGUAAUACAGUUUUUUUUUUCUAAUAGGUAUUCUCAAUGUUUUUAUAUUUUUUAUAAACGCAAACACAAGAAGACUCUGAAUCCUGUCCUAAUGGAUCAUCCUGCAGCUUAAUAAAGGAAAGGACAUGGUAUUUCUUU